AUGAAGCUAUUCUGUGGCGUCGCAAAAGCAAUUAGUUCCUUUGACGAGGACUUCUGUGCAGCCGUCAACCGAUCAAUGAAAUCUCGAGGGUUUUUCGAGUACAUCAUGGCGAUUUUUGCUGUGACCUUCAAUAAUGAACAACCGUCCUUUUUCUGGGCUUGUGUUCUUUUAUUCCUGCCCUUUAACAUCAACUCAGCUAUAGCGGUUGCCGCACUGCCUGGGCUCUGUUUAUUCAUCACUUUACUGUUCAAAAAAAUGAUUUCACGUCCUCGACCAGUCGCAUACCCUCCCAGAAGCGAAAUUUUAAGGUACAACCUCCGAGGUAGUGAAAAAACUCACUCGAUGCCUUCAGGCGAUUCUGCACAGGCUGCACUGUUUUGGAGCUUUUUAUAUGUAAAAUUUGGGUUCCCUGGGUGGCUAUGUUUGAUUUUGACAUUGGCCACGAUGUUUUCAAGAAUUUAUUAUAUGUGCCACUUCCCAUCUGAUACAAUUAUGGGGGCACUUCUUGGGCUUUCUGUAACUGUUACUUACACUAAUCUUUUAAUGCCUUAA